AACCACGUCUCAUAUUGCAUCCGUGAUACACAUAUAUCCCAUCCUUAGAUCCUAUAUUAUUUGACAUUAGUUCUAUCUUUGCCUUCUGGCUGAGCACGGCCACAUCUCCAGAUCCCGACCGUAUCCCAGGCAUCCGCUCUGUUAUUGGUUCCACGUUGUUGCCUCCUUUCAGUAAAGGCAGACGCUUUGCGUAGGAAACUGAAGGCUCGGCCUCGGGGACCGCUUCAGUAAAUGCGGGACAGCAACUUGAGAUAGUUGUCUCAUCAGCUGAAGUGGAUCAUGCAAACUGUACGGUUUGCAGCCGACUCUGCAAAGCCUGACCAAGGCUCGCGGUCAGGCUCACUCUCGGGGGAGCUACUUGAGCAGCCAGAUCCGCAUGGCUUGCUGACGCCCCUUGAAAUGUUCGACUUUGGGGGCAACGGGUUGAACGAGCCCAAAUUGUUGGACUUCUCCGACGAGAUCCGCUCUCACCUCCUUGAAGACCAUUCGCUGGGCCCCUGGGCCGAAACGGUCAAGAGAGUCUUUCGCAAGCUGUUAAGGGACGAGGGUGCCGCCUUGCCGGCCGUGAGCUUUGCGACAAUCCAAAACGCUCGGCUGGAUAAGUUGCUUUCCGAUAUCUUGACAUUGGGCCAUCAGCAAGUGUCGUCUCGCCUCCGGCCUCGCCUCAACAUAGCGAUAGCCGAAAGGCUACAGAGAUCAUGGAUGGCCAGAUUCCGCGAAGAAUUUUUCAACAUUGAUCAGACUCGGCAGGAAGACUUGUCAAAGUCUAGUAGACUGAAAGAUGUGGUCUUCAACAAGAAAGCUGCCAAUGGCUGGGAGCUCUGGAAGGCCGCGAAGUGUAAGACGGUAUCGGGGCUUGAGUGGAACCUGCAGUUCAAACCAGGAUACCUCAAGCAAAUCUCGCAGACUCGGCUGCAUCGAAUCGUUGUCACGUUGGAGAGAAUCUCGAAACAGCCCAGCAUGACGGAGCUGGCCAGAAUCCCCCUUCCCUCGCAGAUGGAUGACUGGUUGCUGUUUGAGAAACACGAAGGCGAGAUGAUCCGGCAACAUCGCGGUGAGCAGAGCUUCUUGGAGUGGAAAUUGAUGAAGGCGCAGGAGAGGAUGGACCGACGUCAAUGGAGACGUGCCCUCGAAGUUGGAGCUGCCUUGACCAAUGCCCGGAAUGCGAAUACGGCUCCAGAAUGUGUGACUUGGGGCUCCAGCAAGAUGCUCCCCACUAUCUCGGACCUCCAAUAA